AUGGGAGACAAUAAAGAUGAUCGUCUCAUCGUAUGGUUCGAUAUCGACAAUACAUUGUAUUCCGCGAGUUCCAAGAUCUCCCAAGCUAUGGGCGAGCGCAUACACGCAUACUUCGUAUCUCUCGGUUUCUCGCAUGAAGAAGCAUCAGAGUUACAUCUGAGGUAUUAUACGCAGUACGGCCUGGCUCUCCGCGGAUUGACUCGGCAUCACGACGUCGACCCCCUAGACUUCGACCGUAAAUGCGAUGGGGCCCUUCCGCUUGAGGAGAUGAUUAAACCAAACCCGCGCCUAAGGAAGCUUUUCCAAGACAUCGACCGAACGAAGGUUAGAGUGUGGGCGCUCACUAAUGCAUACAAGCUGCACGCCGAACGAGUGCUCCGGAUACUACAACUAGAUGAUCUUGUGGAUGGACUUGUGUAUUGUGACUAUGCGGAACCUAAUUUCUCUUGCAAACCUGAGCCAGAAUACUACGUGAAGGCAUUGGAGAAGGCAGGGGUAACAGAUCCCUCCAAGUGCUACUUUGUCGAUGACAACAGAGGGAACGUUCAAGCCGCAAUGCGCUUAGGCUGGGGCCACUGCGUCCACUUCAGUGAACACGGCCUUGAAAUCGUAGAGGGUGGCAGGGUGAAGCAGAUCGACAAUGAGAACCUGGCGGGUCCAAAGGUGAUUGGUGAUGAUAACGUGCAGGUCAUAACAGACUUGGAACAGCUACGUCAUGUCUGGCCAGAGAUUUUCAAGAAAGAGAUCUAG